AUGGCAACGGCGACGGCGGUGGCGGCGGGGGCCGGCGCCGCGGCGGGAGCUGAGUCGGCCGAGGGCCCCCGGGUGCCGGCAGCGGCGCUGGAGCUGUGGCUCAAUAAAGCCACAGACCCAAGCAUGUCAGAACAGGAUUGGUCAGCUAUCCAGAAUUUCUGUGACCAAGUGAACACUGAUCCCAACGGCUCAACCCAUGCGCCCUGGCUGCUGGCCCACAAAAUCCAGUCUCCGCAAGAGAAAGAAGCUCUUUAUGCCUUAACGGUGCUGGAGAUGUGUGUGAACCACUGUGGGGAGAAGUUCCACAACGAGGUGGCCAAGUUCCGCUUCCUGAACGAGCUCAUCAAAGUGCUGUCCCCAAAGUACCUAGGCUCCUGGAGUACGGAAAAAGUUAAGGGAAGAAUCAUUGAAAUACUCUUCAGUUGGACAGUCUGGUUUCCAGAGGACAUCAAGAUCCGAGAUGCUUAUCAGAUGCUAAAGAAACAAGGUAUAAUAAAGCAAGACCCUAAACUUCCAGUGGAUAAAAUCUUGCCCCCACCUUCUCCCUGGCCCAAGAGCUCCAUCUUUGAUGCUGAUGAAGAAAAGUCAAAGCUUCUGACAAGGCUUCUGAAAAGCAACCAUCCUGAGGAUCUUCAGGCUGCAAACCGGCUGAUCAAGAAUUUGGUCAAGGAGGAACAAGAAAAAUCGGAGAAGGUGUCCAAGAGGGUCAGUGCUGUGGAGGAAGUUCGGAGCCACGUGAAGGUGCUGCAGGAGAUGCUAAGCACGUACCGCAAGCCGGCACAGGCCCCGCCAGACCAGGCGGCCUUGCAGGUUGUGUAUGAGAGGUGUGAAAAGCUGCGGCCCACCCUGUUCCGGCUGGCGAGUGACACCACCGACGACGAUGAGGCACUCGCGGAGAUUCUCCAGGCAAAUGACCUCCUCACCCAGGGAGUUCUGCUGUACAAACAGGUGAUGGAGGGCCGUGUCACCUUUGGGAACACAGUGGCCAGCUCUGUGGAAGACAUCCCUGUGUCCAGAGUCUUUCAGAAUCCAACAGGCUGCAUGAAGAACUGCCCCCUGAUUGACUUGGAGGAUAGCGGGUCUGAGCAGGCUGGGGCUGUGACGCCGUCUUUACUGCAUCAAGACCUGGCAGCCUUAGGAAUCAGUGAUGCCCCAGUUCCCAGCAAGGUUGCAGGUCAGAAUUGCUGUCAGGAAAAGAAGAACCCCACCACCAGCACGCUGCCAGCUGGCGGUGCUCAGAGCCCCUCUACAGAAGGGACCUUGCUGGACCUCCUCUCCCCACAGCCGCCUCCAGGAUCUCGGAAUUAUAUUCCACAGAAAAGUAUCCCCAAGGAAGUACCACCAGGUACCAAGUCCUCACCAGGUUGGUCCUGGGAGGCCGGGCCUUUGGCUCCUUCCCCAUCUUCCCAGAACACUCCUCUGGCUCAAGUGUUUGUCCCUUUGGAGUCUGUUAAGCCCAGCAGCCUGCCACCUCUUAUCGUGUACGACCGGAAUGGAUUCAGAAUUCUGCUCCACUUUUCUCAGACUGGAGCUCCCGGCCACCCAGAGGUGCAGGUGCUCCUGUUGACCAUGAUGAGCACGGCCACCCAGCCCGUCUGGGACAUCAUGUUUCAAGUGGCUGUGCCAAAGUCAAUGAGAGUGAAACUGCAGCCAGCGUCCAGCUCUAAGCUUCCUGCUUUCAGUCCUUUGACGCCUCCAGCUGUGAUCUCUCAGAUGCUGCUGCUGGACAAUCCACACAAAGAGCCCAUUCGGUUACGGUAUAAGCUGACAUUCAACCAGGGUGGACAGCCUUUCAGCGAAGUAGGAGAAGUGAAAGACUUUCCCGAUCUGGCAGUCUUGGGUGCAGCCUGACUCCUCCCAGGACAGAUCCUGCCAUUCAAGCUUAGGCCAGUGUUCCUUUGCUGUCUAGAUAGGACUGAUCAUGGUGAUUUAGUGCAGAGUGCCAAGAGUUCUGUCCUGACACCAGGCUCUGGAUGCCAGCCUCUGACUUAUUCUGCAGGGGUGUGUGUGUGUGUGUGUGUGUUUGUGUGUGUUUGUAGGGGGUGGGAUGAAGGCAGUGUGGGAAAUGCUAAAACAUUUCUGAUAACCAUCUGCUACGGUCAUGUCUGGUUUUGCAUGUUGGUAGACACUGAUGUCCCUGCCUCAGGUUGGAGGUUUUAUAAGCCAAAGUUGUCACUGUUGUUUUCCAUGUAUUAUUACCUUUUCAUUCAUCCACUCUGUGCCUUGUCAGCCUCUGAAAGUCUUGGUUGCUCCCAGGCUGCUGUUCUCAGGGACGCGUAAGGGACCUGGUUGGUUCUUGGGGCAGAGUGUCUUCUGGGAUGCUCUCUUCCAAGAGGGACCUUGUCUCCACUUCCAUUAGCAAAUGCUGCUUGCAUGUGUCCAGGAAGAUCUUCUGAAUGGGAUGCUUGUUGCACUGUGUCCUAGGCGAGGGGUUGCCACUGGACCAGAGGACCGCGCUUGGUGGGCCAGUCAUGUCCUUUACCACUGUGCCUUAGAAUCGCCCAUAGAUGGACCCUUCAGGGCAGAGGGGAAAGCAGAUCCCAGGCCUUCUGCAGGCCUCAGGUUCCAUGGGCUGGGCAGCCUGUCUGGACCCUUCCUCAGGACCCUCAUCUCCAUCCUCCUCCUCAUUCUCUGCAACCAUUUACCCAGAACUCUUUGAUGGUGGCACCAUGCCAGUCGUUGUAAGUCAUAACUGACAGGUUCACCCUGGCCUGUUGACUUCACAAUCCACGGUGAAGAACUGUGAUGCAGAUGAGAUACGAAAAGAGUUUAGCAAUGAUUCAAGUGGUGACUAAAUCUAGAAAGUCGUUAUCGAAUAAAUACCUGUGUAACAAA